GCCUGGGGCUGCCUUCAGCACUGCCUGAAGGGCGCGCCUCCCAACGUGGAGGCGACAGUCCGGCAAGCGUCCAUCGCGCGGGCCACGGUUGCGGAUGGAGGGGAGGGUACGCGGUGUCGGCGUCCCUGCGGGCCGGGACCGCGGGAUAGGUUCUGUUCUCCCUGCUGAGGCGCGGACCGGGCAUCCCCGCGCGCCGCCGGCGAGGAAGGCCCCCGGCACAGGCCCCGGAUAUUUGCGUCCCAGCCUCCGCCACCGUCCCAGCCGAUGGGUCGGGACACAAGAUCGCGCUCGCGGUCCGGGGGUCGCAGGAGCCGAAAACAGCGGAGCCGGAGCGAGAGUAGGAGCCGGAGCAGAAGUCGGAGCGAGAGCCAUGGGCGGCGAAACCGGCGGCGCCGGGACCAGGAGGGUCGGCGCAGGCGGAGGCGGCGGAGCCGGCGGAGCCGGGAGCGCAGGUCGGAUUCUGAGGAAAAACUAUGGCAGCGACGAGGGAGGAAAAGCCGGAGCCCAGCCCCACGCUGGCGCUCGAGAGACCCGUCCUCCCAAUCUGACUCACCAGACGAGCAGCAGCAAGGCAGGUGGGCCCGGCGCAGGCAGACACGCUCCUGGUCCCCAGGAUCCUCAGCAUCAAGCUCCACAUCCCCGGGCCGCUCCCUGAGCCCCCGGGAGGCAGCGUCGGCCCUGAGCCACCAGCAGAGUCUGCAGGAGCGGCUGCGGCUACGUGAGGAGCGGAAGCAGCAGGAGGAGCUGAUGAAGGCCUUUGAGACGCCCGAGGAGAAGCGGGCCCGGCGGCUGGCCAAGAAGGAGGCCAAGGAGAGGAAGAAGCGGGAGAAGAUGGGCUGGGGCGAGGAGUACAUGGGCUACACCAACACCGACAACCCCUUCGGUGACAACAAUCUCCUGGGCACCUUCAUCUGGAACAAGGCCCUGGAGAAGAAGGGGAUUAGCCACCUGGAGGAGAAGGAGCUGAAGGAGCGGAAUAAGAGGAUUCAGGAGGACAACCGGCUGGAGCUCCAGAAGGUGAAGCAGCUGCGCUUGGAGCGUGAGCGGGAGAAGGCCAUGCGGGAACAGGAACUGGAGAUGCUGCAGCGGGAGAAGGAGGCGGAGCACUUCAAGACAUGGGAGGAGCAGGAGGAUAACUUCCACCUGCAGCAGGCCAAGCUGCGCUCUAAGAUCCGAAUCCGGGACGGGCGAGCCAAGCCCAUCGAUUUGCUGGCCAAGUACAUCAGUGCUGAGGACGACGACCUGGCCGUGGAGAUGCAUGAGCCCUACACCUUCCUCAACGGGCUCACCGUGGCUGACAUGGAGGACCUGCUGGAGGACAUCCAGGUGUACAUGGAACUGGAGCAGGGCAAGAAUGCCGAUUUUUGGCGGGAUAUGACCAUCAUCACUGAGGACGAGAUCUCCAAGCUCCGAAAGCUGGAGGCGUCGGGCAAGGGGCCAGGUGAGCGCCGCGAAGGCGUCAACGCCUCCGUCAGCUCAGACGUGCAGUCGGUCUUCAAGGGGAAGACAUACAGCCAGCUGCAGGUCAUCUUCCAGGGCAUCGAGGGCAAGAUCCGCGCCGGCGGCCCCAACCUGGACAUGGGGUAUUGGGAGAGCCUGCUGCAGCAACUCCGAGCACACAUGGCGCGUGCCAGGCUCCGCGAGCGGCACCAGGACGUGCUGAGGCAGAAGCUGUACAAGCUGAAGCAGGAGCAGGGUGUGGAGAGCGAGCCCCUCUUCCCCAUCCUCAAGACAGAGCCGCCCUCCCCCGGCCACAGCCUGGAGCCCGAGGAGCCAGCCCCAGCCCCCAGCCCGCCUGGCCCCUCUGCAGAAGGUGGCCCCGGGGAGGCAGAGGGCGGGGCACCAGAGGCAGAGGGCGAAGCGGUGCUCAUGGAGGAGGACCUGAUCCAGCAGAGCCUGGACGACUAUGAUGCUGGACGUUACAGCCCGCGGCUGCUCACCACCCACGAGCUGCCUCUGGAUGCCCACGUGCUAGAGCCCGAUGAAGACCUGCAGCGCCUGCUUCUGUCACGGCAGCAGCUCCAGGUCACAGGCGACGCCACCGAGAGCGCCGAGGACAUCUUCUUCCGGCGGGCCAAGGAGGGCAUGGGGCAGGACGAGGCGCAGUUCAGCGUGGAGAUGCCGCUUACGGGCAAGGCCUACCUGUGGGCCGACAAGUACCGGCCGCGCAAGCCUCGCUUCUUCAACCGCGUGCACACGGGCUUCGAGUGGAACAAGUACAACCAGACGCACUAUGACUUCGACAACCCGCCGCCCAAGAUCGUGCAGGGCUACAAGUUUAACAUCUUCUACCCCGACCUCAUCGACAAGCGUGCCACGCCCGAGUACUUCCUGGAGGCCUGCGCGGACAACAAGGACUUCGCCAUCCUGCGCUUCCACGCGGGGCCGCCCUACGAGGACAUCGCCUUCAAGAUCGUCAACCGCGAGUGGGAGUACUCCCACCGCCAUGGCUUCCGCUGCCAGUUCGCCAACGGCAUCUUCCAGCUCUGGUUCCAUUUUAAGCGCUACCGCUACCGCCGGUGACAGCAGCCGGCUGGGCGGGGACAGCCUCCCAGUCCACGUCCGACCUGGACAUGUGGAGUUCGGGGACGCUGGCGGCCUUGCCCGGGGCUGCCAUCGGGUGAGGGGCCUGGCUUCAGAGCCCACCUGAGGCGACUCCUCCCCUCGCUGGGCCUCAGUCUCCCUCUCUGUGAAACGGGGUUGCCACCAAGCCUGUCUUAGAGAGGUGAGGGGCAAACAGAACUGUCUGGGCCAGGGUUCUGCCCUGUGACUGGGAACCUGGUGACAGUCAACUGACCCCAUUUUAUAGCCGGCUGACUGAGGCAGAGCCCAGCCCCAUGCCCCUUGGCCACUGCAGGCCGAGAACCAAACCGGAGUCUCCACAACAAAGCCUCAUGGGAAACAUCCAGCCCCUGCAACGUGCUGGGCGUUUCUUGGCCCUUCCACAGACAGGCUGGAGGCGGUGGCGGCAUUCUUCGUGCCAGGCCACCCUGACCUACCCCUAGUGCCGGGUGCCAGCCCCCCCAGGAGGCGGGUGCAGGGAACAUGUCAUCGUCUACCACUCAGGACUCCCAGUCUCUGUCUGGGGCAUGCAGGGACCCAGGAUUGCUGGUAACUUUCCCCCAACACAAGCACGGGGACCAGGAGGGCGGGACAGGGUCGUGGGUCAGACACCCCCAUGGUGAGCACUCCCUUCCCUGCUUGGGGGAGCCCAGCAACCCAGAGUCCUCAUCCAUGACAGAACAGCUGUCUCCAGCCACCAAGCAGUCACUUUCUGUGUCCCCAUUUCUCAGAUGUAAAGGUCGCAGUCAGGCCAGAAAUUCACACAGCCACCGCGCCCGUCAGCCAUGGGCUGGGCAGGCUACCACCAGACACAGACUUCUACCUUCCCAUCGUGGAGACAGAAGAGGAGGGGCCCUGCCAGGAGCCUGGCCCACCAGCCCCUCCAGCGGCUCCCAGACCAGCACUCACGCCCACCCCCCUCUUGUGUUUUUGAUGCAAAACCCAAACAUCACAUCUCAUCUGGAAAUGUUUUCAUUUAUUUCUCGAGACUUUUCUAGGUGGAAAAAACAUACUUUAACUGGUUUACUUGCAAGACCGCAUGUUUUCUUAAUAAAUUUUCUAUUUUAGAAUAACUGUAGGCUUCCGGAAGGGUUGCAGAGAUCGGACAGAGUUCGUUCCCAUAGAGAUGGUGCCUGGGAUCCCCCAUUCAGCAUCUCCCAUACCCGGUGCGUCUGUCACGAGAAACAACCACUGCAUCUGAAGACGCUUAUCAGUAGUGCCUCUGUCUGGGUCGUCCAACCACAGGCUUCCCACCUUUGCCCCAUCCCCUGGUCAGAGCCCCCAUCUGCCUCACUUCCCACAGGGGGUGGGGGGCCACAGUCGUCCCGUUCUGCAGAUGUGAAAACGGUUGCAAGGGAGUAAAACAGCUGCUUACCGAGGCCAGGGAGGCCACCUGAGAACGAACCUGUCACCCCUUUUAGCGAAGACAAUGGGGAUGUUUGUGGUUUGUCACAACUGGGAGGAGGGGUGUUGCCGGCGUCGAGUGGGUGGAGGCCAAGGGAUGCUGCUCCAGUGCACAGGAUGGACCCACCCUCUAUGUUAACAGAGGCUGAUCCAGCUCUGUAUGUCAGCAGUGCUGGGGGGAACCCCAUUUUAAACACCUCCAAGAGGACGGGAGCAACCACCCCAGGACCCCAGAACACAUUGUCUUCCUCUAGCCACCCAGGACUCUGCCCUCAUGUGUACCUGUCCUGCUCAGGAGCACAAGGGCUCCUUCCCUAGGACGCAUUGGAUGACCCUGUGCCCAAGUCCAGGGCUUGGGAGGAGGGUGUGGCCAGUACUGAGGCACAGGCCUUGAGUACCCACCUUCCACCCCCCCAUCACCUUAAGGCUCCCACCAUAGAGAAAGACCCAGCCCCAAGUGUCAACAGUGCCAAGCGGGUGAGACCCUAAAGCAGUCCCACACUCAUUCUGGGCCACCUCCCAACCCUGAUUGAAUGGUGCUGGGCCCUCUACCGGCCUCCUCAUCUCUCUCACCUGGGCACCUCUGGGGCAGCUUGGGCCCCUGCUCUCCCCAUGCUACUUCAUACUGGCUCCCCUCCGUGGCAGAGGACACAUUCUGGACAGUGACUUGGAAGACACACACGGCAGACCCUGGCCCACCCCAACCAACCUGAUCCAGAACAAGGAAUGUCCAAUAUGGUGGCACUCACACCCUUUCCAGCCCAUGGCAGACAUCACUAGUCAGUCACGGAGUGGCCAGAGCAGUCAGAAUCCUCCGUGCAUCCUCCAGCAGCCCUUACCAAUCAAUUCCCAACCUGCUCCACCUGUCACUGUGUCGGACAGGUCCCUGGGAGUAAGAGUGAGUGUGGGGCAGACCCAAGAGCCACUUUUGAGCCUACCUCCGUGACUGGUGGGGCCACAAGAUGGGUAAGGCCCAUUGUGUUUUUACAGGACAUUAUCAGGACAUC